GAGUGGACAGCGGCGUGUUAUCAGACCGAAACUGAAGAACUGGGAGAUGUUGUUCACGGCUCAACCCCUCCCAGCCCAGAGAGAGAGAGAGAGUGAGAGAGUGAGAGUCAGUGCAGCACGAUGACACACACACAUUCACACACUAGCCUGCAUUAGUCUCUGAAAAGGAUGCAGCCCAACCCGAAAACACUCCAGCUUCACCCGGGACACACCUGAGCGAGGUCGCUUCUCAGAGAAAAUAACAAAGACAGCAAACAGAAGAGACGGAGCCGCGUCGGGGAUCAGCUGUUUACUGGUCGUCACUGACAUUAGACUUGCUGGGGAGACGCGAGGAUGGGCCAGGAGGAGACGGGCUCCCCGUUAGCGAGCUUUACUUUCCGCUACGAAGGAGCACAGUCCGGUGUGUCUGCGAGCGGACAUGUGAAAUAUUAGCGCUUUUUAGCCCGUGGAGGAGCUUUCGGUGCCCCUCAUCUGUAACAGGGCGAUGUUCUGCAGAGGGAAUAAGUGCAUAAGGGUAGUUUGAGCUUUUGGGCUGAUCUCCCCCUCAGCGCCUCGGCCAUGCUGCGGGCUUUAGCAUCUGAGCUCUUCCCUACUUGAGGGGGCUCAGAAGUAGGCUAACACUUCACCACUAUUUAUAGCGGGUUAUUCCGUCCUUGUCGUUUUGAUUUUGACCUGGCUGACUGGGAUGCUUAUUCAUGGGAUUUUUUUUUUCGAAAACAAGAAUAUUUCAGAGGACCUUGCUGCACCUGUCGGGGUUUUAAAUGUCCUUAGAAGCAGGUGUGACCGCCAAAGUUUAUCAUUUAAAUGGAUGAACAAGUAGCCUGCGAGUUCGCGCCAAACUACAGUCGCUAUUGUCUCCUCUGAGUUUUUCCUCUGAUCUCAUUCGGCUUUUUUAUGCCUCGUAUGUCUGUUAGGACUCUUUCUCCUGCUGUGAAGGUAAGGCAGAACAUCUCAGCAUGUUCAUAAGACUGAACUUCACCUCAGUCGUGGUAUCAGGUCAGUUGUUAAGGCUCCUCGUUAGUGCGCUGCUGUGAACACUCAUUUUUAGCCUGAGGUAAAUCUGUGGAGCUGGUUUCUGUGCUGUGACUUCCAGUCAUGGGAGGCAAGCAGGCGAAGAGCCCGGGGCAGGAGGCCGGGGGCAGUCCGCUCUCGGCGCCCUGGAAGAAGACCCCGACCAGAGAGAGAACCGAGCUGCUGGCCUCCUUCAGCCUGAAGCCAGGAGAAAGGCUGGGCCGAACCGGGACCCCUCCACCCCCAUACCAGCGCAGGAUAAGCAUGAUCCAGGACAUGCUGCUGUUGGCCAAGCAGGGCAAACAUGACGAGGCCACGGAGAUGCUGAAGACCCUACGACAGGAUCUGGGAAUGGAGUCCACAUCUCUGGAUGAUGUUCUCUAUCGCUACGCCAGCUUCCGGAACCUGGUGGACCCCAUUACACAUGACCUGAUUAUCAGUUUGGCCAGAUACGUUCACUGCCCCAAGACGGAAGGGGACUCACUGGGGGCCAUGGAGAAGGUGUGCCGGCAGCUAACCUACCACCUGAGCCCACACUCACAGUGGAAACGACAGGGCCUGCUGAAGAGGAAGCCACAGGCCUGUUUGAAAGCUGUCCUUUCAAGUCCACCUGCCAGUGGGACAUUAGACCUAUCUGGCAUUCCUCUGGGGGUGAAAGACAUGGAGCGGUUGUGUUCGCACCUGCAGCGGCAUGCAUCUCGCAUCUCCAGCUUGGAGCUGGGCUUUACUGAGCUGACAGACGAGGCCAUCCUGCUGCUCUUGCCCACGCUGGCCGCGUUGCCUCACCUAGAGACCCUGGCCCUCAAUGGCAACCGUCUGACACGGGCCGUACUCAAAGAGCUCACAGACACAUUGAAGGAUCCAGAGAGCUUCCCCAGCGUCACUUGGAUCGACCUGGGCAACAAUGUAGACAUCUUCUCUCUGCCCCAGCCUUUCCUGGUGAGUUUACGUAAGCGCUGCCCCAAGCAGGGCAACCUACCCACUAUCCUAGAGUUUGGAGAAAGCCAGGCCAGCGAGCCAGAGGUCCGGACAGAUGGGGAUGGGGAUGACGACAUAGAUGAUACAAACAGGACGGUAAGCUUGGGAGAACUAAGGUCUGAGGUUGAAGGCGACAUGGAUGGAGAGAUGGAGAUAGAAGAAAUGAUGGAGGAGCUGCUGGACUUUGACCGGGAGAUACAAGGAAAAGAUGAGAUGGAAGAGGAUAGCAUGUGGACCAUGGAGGAGCCAAGACCUGCCGCGGGGCCGUCUCAAGGACGUGGCAAAACGAAGAGGGCGGUUAAGGCCGAAGGAGAGGACACACACAGCCAGAGCUCGCAGCUGUCGUAUUCCAGUCAAUCACAGCACUCUUCAGCAUCCUUGGAACCUCUGAGAAACGACUCUAUGGUGGAUCAGGUGGCGUGUUCUUCAGGCAAACUGACCUGAGUGCACUCUCUUUACAUAGAAAUUGCAGCCUUCAAACCUCUCUUGUAUAAAGAGAGAAGAAAAAAGAAGACAGAAGAGACUCAGCGCAGCUCUGGACAGUUUAUGGGUCAGCGCUUCAAUCAAGAGCGAAGGGUAUCCAGGAAAUGAGGGAACAGAUUAUGUGGCUUUGGCAGUCCUCGCUUAAAUAUAAGGGACAAUGUGUCAAAUUAAUGAUAUAUUGUAUCAUUCAUAAAAUUACAAUGUAUACCACAUAUGAGGUACAACAAUGGUAUUAUAUACACUUUAGAAUCCUGUGCAGUUUAAAUGCUUCUCUUUCAGGUAUAGCCCCUUGGAUAUACUGUCCUAGCAAUGGACCUUUAUAGGGCUGUCACUAUCAAUUUCAUUAUUAAUUAAGUGAUCUGUGAUUAUUUUGAUGAUUUAUUCAUUAAUUAUAUAACAAACAAUAAUAAUUGAAUUAACAAUAACAAUCCAUCCAUAACCGUUCAAAGAUUCUAAAGUACUAUGAACUCUUUUAAAGGCUAAAAUACCUAAUUAACUUUAAACAUAAAAGAGGGAGCCGUUAAAAUGAUUUCAUUCAUAAAAAUGAUAAAAACUAUGGAGAACAAUACAUAAAUGAGGUGAUACGCUAAUCACCAUUGGAUGUUUCAGUUUAAGGAGGCUGAUGCUGAUCUGAUAUUUUUCUUGUGUAUACAGUAUCUGUUGAUGCUAGUAUCAGUGCCAGUACUUACACAUUUAUAAAAUAUAACUAGAAAUUAGGACUAGAUCUACCUGGAUUAGCAUUAUGGAUAAACACUAGAAGGUUAUAAAUGCAGUAAAAUUAUAGAUCAAAAAAUAUAGAUAUUUUAGUGCACUAGCCCAGCAUCGUCUAAACAUUCUGCUCUUUUCAAGUACAAUAAACAUCAAAUAUCAGGUUUGAAAUAAUGGUCAAAUCUCAACAUCUGUCCAAUGCCAGUACAUUUUUUAAGCAAAGAUACUGAUAUGAUGGUGAUAGUAUUGUGCAUCUCUAAUUUUAAUUGAUGUUUUCAAAAAAUGUAAAAUUCAAGUUCAAUCAAUUAAUCGUGACAGCCCUAAACAUUUACCUAUGUGCCUGCUUGACCCUGCUGGAGAGGACUGUGGGAAAAUGUGUGUGCUUAUGCAUGUACGGUAGUAUGAAUAUGAAUAUAUGCUCACAUGCUUUUCCACUGCACACAACGUGAGAUAUGGAGAGGCGAUUAAUGAAAAAACGGACUUGCCUGAGAUUAUAAGUCUAGCUCAGGCAUGUUUAAAAUUCUCUCCAUCUAUGCAUCGCACCCUCCUCCCCAGCAGCAUUAACCCUGUUCAGCUUCUGUUGAAUAUGCAUGUCCCCAGUGUCAGAAUGCACUUUAACUUUAGAGUGCAUCUGACAAAAACAGAGGGAAAACCAAAUAUGUCACACAGAUGCUCCCCAUAUAGAAAAAAACAGUGCUUUAUAAAGAAAUGGCACCAAAGAUGGAGAAGGAGAGAGUCUCUAAAAAUGAAGAUACAAACCCAAUACCACAAAUGUUGGGACAGUCUAUAUAAUGCCAGUAAAAACAGCAAGGAGUGGUUAGUAAAUUAUAUUUGACCUGUACAAAAUGAAAACAAUAUUUGAUGUUUUAUCUUAUGAACUUUUAAUAUUUGUAACUAUAUGCUCAGUCCAACUCCAACACCUGCAACACGUCCCAAAAUUUGAGACAGAAGCAUGUUUACCCCUGUAUUACAUCAGCUUUCCUUUUAACAGGACUUAAUGAUCAUUUGAAAGUGGACUUGUUAUCCAUUCUUCUAUUAUACAAGUCUUCAGCUGUGCAACCAUUAUUGUAUUUUGCACUUCAUAGUGUGCCGCAUUUUCAAUAGAAGGCCGACAGCCCAGUCUAACACCUGCACUCUCUGGUUACACAACCAUGCUGUUAUUAAAAAGCACGGACUUCCCUGAAAAAGACGGCAUUUAAAAGGCAGGAAAUGUUACUCCAAAAUGUGUAUAAAUAUUUUGGUGUUAAAGGUGCUUUCAUAGAUGUGCAAGUUAUCCACUGAUACCCUCCAUCUCAUGACAGACCUGGCUUUUGUACUUUACCCAGUCUGGGUGGUCCUUUACUUCUUCAGCCCAGCGAAUACAUCCAUUAUUUCCAUAACUAAUCUGUAAGGCUGAUUGGUCAGACCACUAUACAUGUUUUGAGUGUGCGUCAGUACAUUUUAGAUGAGCUCAAGCCCAGAGAAUUCGGCUGUGUUUCUGGACACUGUUGACAUGUUUUCUGCUGUGCAUAGUAGUCUAAAGCUGCUUUAGAGGAUGCAGCUAUGAACAAUGUCGCUGUGAUGUCCGUAACAGAAACAUGGCAGUUUUAGGCACAGGCCGUUGUGGUCUUUGGCCUCUGGAUUCCCUGACUCUUUUGAUGAUAUUAUGCACCAAAGAGGGUACAAUACCUAAACUUCUUGCUAUCGCCAGCUGAGGAACAUUAACUGUUUGAAUUUGCAGAUGCAUUUUUGUGAAAGUGGCGAGCCCCGACCUACCCUUGCUCAUGAAAGAGUAGGCCUUUCCUGGAGGCUCCUUUUAUACCUAAACAUGAUUACAUCAUUUACAAUAAUGAACAACAUUUCUAGUCUUAAAUCACCCCGUCCCAACUUUUUUGGGAUGUAUUGCAGGCAUCAAUUUCAAGUUGAUGCCUGCAUCAAAUGAGCAUAUACAUACAAAAACAGUGAAGUUGAUAAGAUAAAACAUUAUAUUGUCUCUGUACUGCUUUCAUUUUAAUACGGGCCAAGAUGGAUUUACAAAUAAAGUCUUUCUGUUUUAUUUGCAUUUCACAUACUGUCCCAACUUUUUGGAAUUGUGUUUGAUUUCAUUAGUUUAAAUGAUGACAAUUAAACCCAUCCAAACUUUGCUCUUCCUUUUAUAUGGACAUUCUAACUUCUCACAUUUAAUUGCUGUACAAUUGCUAUUUAUUUGUUAUAUUUUUAAAUCAUACAGCCCUUGUAUUCAGAAGUUCUGUGUAUUUAAUUGGUAUAUCUAUUUAGCUGUUAUUAGUACUGACAUUAAUCUAUAGCCUAGAUUAUUUUUUUCACCAAGACUUUUGUUCAAUUUGAGCUUUCACUGACAUAUACUGGUAGUUCCAAUAUGUUUGAAGUUAAAGUAAAAUAAAUCCAUGUAUUUUUACAGUAUCUUGUAUCCAAUCAAAAUCCUGAUUAGGUAACUUCCCUUUAACAGUCUAUGAUAUGGUUUAUACUAUCCAUUAAACUAUUACAUGCAAAAUAUUCCCUACUGUGCUCGCCCGUUGUGAAUAAACCAUUUUGAGGUCUUUCCAUGUCAUUAUGAAGGUAAAUGCUGCUCCUUUACAGAAUGUAUGUAAUAAAUGUCUCAUUUUGCAGGGACGCAAGUCA